AUGGAAACCGAAGUAAACAACCAACUGGCCUUCCUCGAUGUGCUUGUCAAGAGAAAUGGCGACCUUUUGGAUCACACCGUGUAUCGAAAACCCACUCAUACAGACCGGUACUUACACAAACUAUCAAAUCACCAUCCAAGCCAAAAACAGGGGAUUAUCGGAACAUUAGCAAAUAGGGCAAGACGUAUCUGUGCUAAUGAACACAUCCAAGAGGAACUAAGUCAUUUAAAUAAAGCCUUUCUUGCCAAUGGCUAUAAUGACAGAGAAAUAAAGGCGGCGCUGGCACCUAGGCAGAGGAGACCUGACGCCAAUGAACAGGAAAACAUCAUUAAUAAGGCCUUCCUUCCAUAUGUUUCCCAGGUCACCGAUAGGAUUGGGAUCUACCGUAUACCUUGUUCCUGCGGUAGCGUAUAUAUUGGAACUACCAAACGCUCAGUAGGAACGAGACUUACGGAACACAAGAGAAACUGCAGAUUAGGGCAAACAGAGAAGUCAGCCGUAGCAGAACAUGCUCUAAGAGAUGGUGACCACAAAAUCCAAUUCGAAGACACCCAAGUCAUUGCCACAACAUCUGGAUAUCAUCCUCGUCUGGUCAGGAAGCUGUUGAAAUUCAAACAUCCAAAUAAUUUCAACAGGAAGGAAGAAACUUUCUACCUUAACAGAAUUUGGCAUCCAGCUAUAUCUAGGACCAAAGUAGCAGCACAGAGAAGUAGACCAGUUCCGGAAGAACUACCACCCGAACAAGCCACGCCCCUCCGCCGACGCAUAAAUACGCGCUACGCCGACGCGGAGGCAUCAGUCUAG